GAUCACGUGGGUUUGACGUCAUAAAAAAGGUUGUUGAGUGGCUUGCUUUAGUAGCAUAAUACGCUUGUUUAAAUUUUAUGAAGCCUAAAACAAUAGUUAAAUUGAGUAAAGUGUGUAAACAAAAGGAACUGCGAGUUUACAAUCACGUGAUUAGGAAGUGUCGUCAUUCGUGCUGGUGGUCGAUGGAGGCCAAUCGGCCAAUCGAGCACACUGAUUGAAUAUACCGGCAGUUUUUGUUGGCGCUGAGUACACGAACAUUUUGAUUGCGGUUGUUUCGAGCAAACAUGGGCGAAGAAACGCUACGGACCGAGCUGUCUGAAGAAGAAGCCAACCUCUACGACAGGCAGAUUCGUCUCUGGGGAUUGGAAUCUCAGAAGCGGCUACGAUCGACGAGGGUUCUCGUGGCCGGCCUGAACGGCCUCGGAGCCGAAGUGACCAAGAGCUUGGUCCUGGCGGGCGUCAAGUCCAUCACGCUCUUGGAUCACCGUAAUGUCUCCGCUGAUGACUUCUCGUCGCAGUUCAUGGUUCAAAGGACGGACAUCGGAAAAAACCGCGCGCACAGCUCCAAGGCGUACGCCCAGAGCCUGAAUCCAAUGGUGGAGGUGCAGUCGGAGGAGGGCAGCCUGGUGGACUUGGACGAGGCCUACCUGGGGCGCUUUGACAUGGUCUGCUGCGCGGAGACACCCUCCACGGAGGCUGUGGUGCGCCUCAACGCGGCCUGCCGUGCCCUGGGGGUCAAGUUCUACUGCGGCCACGUCUGGGGCCUGUUCGGCUACUUCUUCAGUGACCUCGUCGAGCACACUUACACACAAGAACUGCCAUUCUUUGCGGUUAAGAAGGCAAACGACUCCGACCCCGGAGCAGCGAAGAAGCCCAAAAUGGACGACGGGACCUCCAACCUCAUUCAGAAGACGGUGAGCUGUGUUCCGCUAGGGCGCGCCUUGCAGGUGAGGGCUGGCAAAGCGGGGGCUGGCCUGGACAAGAAGACAUCUCCCCUGUUCCUGCUGCUGCACGUUCUGCUUCGCUUUCAUGAUGAGGAGGGCAGGGCUCCCACGGAGUCUGACCAGGAGCGCCUGCUGUGCCUCUGGGAUGCCGUAGCCAAGGAGCUGGCUGUGGAGAAGGAGCGCCUGUCAGACGACCGCCUUCAGUUGAUAUCUCGGGAGCUAUGUGCAACCUGCGCUGUGGUCGGCGGUGUUUUGGCACAGGACAUGAUCAAGGUGGCAUCGUGUCGUGACCCACCUCUCAAGAACUUCUUCCUCUUUGAUGGCAUCGAGUGCUGCGGCCUGGUGGAGAACAUCGGCAGGUGAUUGAUCCAACGUCUGGCUUCUGACUUUGAGCUCGCGUCCAGUCGCCGACUUCGAGCCGAUGUCCGGCCGCUGACUUCAAGCCAAGGUCCAGCCGCUGACUUUGAGCCGAUGUCGCACUGCGUUUUUCAGAGGUGCACCGAUAGCCGACCGGAAACGCUGGAGGAUUUUAAUGAUUCUGUUCCUGGAAUGUUAUGAAGUUUGGGACAGGAGCUGCAAGAUUCAGGCAGGAACCACGUGAUUUUUUUGGGGGGGGGGGGGGGGGGGAAACAACAGACAUGUUUGUGGGUUCAGUAAGGAGUAAAGGAAACUCAAUUUGUAUUACUAAUAGCAUAUUGUUUUGGCAUGUGAACUGUACAGUCACUGUAUUGUUUUCUUUUUUUAUUUGCAAAGCCUAUCACAUACACCAUAGGCACUGGGCAUCAUUAGCUUCAUGUUAGUAUUCUGUAUGAGCUACCCAACAUGCAAUGUGCUUCCAUCCAGAAUUUAUAAAUCACUCAAUUUAUAGGUGCUGAUCUGUCAGCAAAUUAAGUGGUUAGUAAUGCUUUCCUAUUUUAUUUAGGGGAAAUAUUAGAAGGUAAAUUUUGUUGUUAAGGUACAAUUUUGUAAAUCUCCACUUUAUUGAGUGAAAAACAAAUGUUUGCUGUUAAUUAGUUUCUAUAGAGCCUGAAAGCUCUUGCCCAACAAAGACUAGUAUUUUCAUUUUAAUAUUCUGGUUUGCAGCAACAAAAUAAAAAAAAAAACUGAUUAAUUGUGCAUUUAAAUUGUUUGAAAAAAAAAAAGUUUUUUGAUAUACACAUGUGUAUUGUAAAACUGUCCUUGAAAACUCUUUCACCACUUAUUACAGUGAGUGAUUACGAGUUAGUGAAUGCAUUUCUAUGAGGUAGUGGUGCACAGUUUGGUCAAUGCUGCCCAUUUUGAAAUGUCUUUUGAGGUUUCAUUAAUAAAGAUGUAUGUUUGAGUUCCACUUAA